AUGAAUAGACUUUUAAAACAUUUACAAAUUGAAAUUCAAAUGGAUUUUUUCAAUCUUGUACAUACAUUUCUUUUUCUUUUGUAUAUAUCUAAACAAUGUACAUCAGUUUGUAAAUUAUCAAAUGAUUAUAAAUAUUAUCAUUCAAAUAUUCAAGAAAGUAUAACUAAACAAAAGGUUUUUAUAAAGCAAUUGAAAGUGAUACCAUACUACACAAAAUCUAUUAGACAACAUGCUAAUUUCACAACAAUACGAACGAAAAUAAUAGAACCUGCUAUAAAGAUGUGGCAGACACUAUUAAAAGUAAAAGCAAGAUCUAAACAUCUAAUUUAUUUAUCCAGAAGUUGCAUAAAUCAUUCUAAAGACGCAAAGAUACUUCCUAAUGGUACACGGUUUUAUUACUGUAGAGAAGGAUGUAAGGCGGUAUCAGAAUGUUAUCAUGGUGUUAUUCCAGAAAUGUACUUAGAUUACUGCCAUACAUAUGUACAUGGACAACCCAAAAUAAGUGGACAUCGUGGAAAAGGCAUAAAGUUUCAUCACUUAUUAUAUAUUGUUGAUUCCCAGUCAAUUUCCCUUUGUCGAAGUGGAAACACUGUGGGUUAUGCACAGUUUUGCAGGUUGGAUGGACUAACAGACAGGCCAAUAGCUGGCUACACAAAUCUCUGCCCGAAUAACAUAGAACUUGGUUAUGAAAAUAUUAGACUGGCUAUUUCAACUAUGGCACACGAAUUGGGCCACGUUUUGGGUUUCAACUCGGAAGCUUUCAGAUAUAUGCGAGACGAGCGUGGUGAACCAAGAACGAUGCGUGAACCUGCUACGAAUGAGCCUAUUUUAACGGAUUCACUAGGAUACAGAAUUCCAGACGAAUCAGUUUUAAGCAAUGUUACUCGUAUUUGGAAGUCUGCUAAAACAACAGUUUAUCGCCAUUUGACUGCGCUUAAAACACCAAUGAUGCUGAAAAUGGCGAAAGAAUACUUCAACUGUCACGAACUUGACGGUGUUGAACUUGAUAACAACGAUCAAGUGUAUGUUAGAGGGCAUCUUGAAAAAAGGCUAAUUGAUAAUGAAUUAAUGACUCCUCUCCUUUCAUCACGUUCAUAUAUAUCGAAAAUCACACUUGGAUUUUUCGAAGACACUGGAUGGUACCGUGUGGAUUAUUCAAAAGCUAAUCCAAUGGGAUAUGGUAAACAUCUUGGUUGUAAUUUUGUUAUGAAAAGUUGUUAUGAGUAUAUGCAAAUUCAACGGCAAAGAAGACAAAGUUUUUACCCAUACUGUGAUCAAAUAAGCUUCAGUAACACUCUCUGUCUAAAGCAUGAAAAUGCAUAUGGUUUCUGCGAUCUGAAGCAAUAUUAUUCGCCUCUGCCACUUGAAUUUCAGUACUUUGAUGAUCCAAGACUUGGUGCAGCUGACCGUUACCGAGAUUAUUGUCCAGCUUAUGUGCCAUUUACUGGGACGAGAAAUAUUUAUUCAUACUGCAAUACUCCCGAAAAACAGUCUGAAGUUCACAAAAACAAUAACUACAUGCUUCAUUACUUUGGUGGAUCUUCUAUGUGCAUAAACCAUGACAGUACCAGACACUGGCAAGUGUCUAAACAACAUGAAAUUUUUGAGGAAACUUCACCCAAAUCUUCAUGCAUGAGUCAUAUAUGUUCUGAGACUGAAGGAUUGAUUUUGAUUCUUGAAAAUAAAGAACUUGUUUGUCCUAUUAAAGGUAAAUACAUUGAUUUCAGUCUAAGAGGAAAGUACUUCGAUAUUAACGGUUCAAUCAUUUGUCCACCAUGUAGAGAUAUUUGCAAAAAAUGUCCAAGUGGCUGA